AUGUAUCUCUGUAUCCCCGCUGCAGCUUGCACCCCUGCAUCCUAUUUCACCUCCCAUGCUAAUGGUCAUUGGAUGCAGCUGCUUAAAAUGAAUGAUUCUGAUUUUCAACAUCCCGUGUAUCCCAGCGUGCUAUGUCCUUACGGAGCAAUUCCCUUGGGCCUUGAACCGAGCGGCUAUCUAUCCUACAGUCAGCCUACCUGUAUGUGCGGCAGCUUGUCCCCGGCUACCCAGCAACCGGUCUUCCCUGACCCGGAUCCCAUAUCACCUGCAUAUUCCUGCAUCCUCUCAUCUCAGGGACUGCCAGCGCUCGUCAAUGCGCUGCCGACGCGGGCGCCUGAUCCUCCUGUCACCAUGCCAACUGCACUCCCUCCGAAGAUGCUUCCAGCAUUUCAAUAUGAUCAAUCUAAACGGCGUUCUCAUCAAGCAGUCUCCAAGGGUGCUUCUCCGGCUGAACAGCGGUUGGCGAGGGAAACUCGUGACAAAAUCAAACCCGUGCUGGAGGCUAUUAAAUUGCUUCGGAGAUUCACUGCGGCUAACAAGGCUAGAUUAAGGAAAGGGGAGUUGGAACAGGUUAACAAGAUGUUUCAGAAUGUGGAAAAGUACUUAGAAGGUAAAUGGAACUCAAGGAGCUAG